AUGAAAGAGGACAAUCCUGAGCUCAUCUCUUACCAUUGCAUAAUUUAUCAAUCGGUCCUGUGCUCCACCCUGUCGGACGAGUAUGCCGAGCCUGAGGUGAUGAACACAAUGAUGAGAAUGAUCAACUUUCUCAGGGCAUCCUUUUCCUAUCAGCAUCGCGUGCUCAGGGAAUUCCUCAGAGAAGUUGAUGCAAAUGCUGAUGACCUUCUGCUGCACAAUGAUGUCAGAUGGCUCAGCAAAGGCAGGGUGUUGGAGCACUUUUGGUCCACCCGAACGGAAAUCGCAGCUUCCUUGGCACAGUUGAUUGUAAACUUCAGCAAACGUUUUGACAGCUUCAGCCUUGGACAGCAGCUCACCCUGUUCAUUCAGAAUCCAUUCCUCAUCACAGAUAUCAGUGUGUUCUCAAAGGAAGUCACACAGCACUUCAAAUGGGCAAAUGCUGGACCUUUCCAGAUGCAACUGGUCGAUCUCCAAGCAGUUGUGGCCCUGAAAGAGCAUUUUGGAGGAACUGACCCUGCUACUUUCUGUGGCAGGUCGCGCAAUGACUUUGUGGCCAGUGAGGCAGGGGUCUCACCACCACUGAGUGCUCAGGAGGAGUGUCUCGGCCUUGCAGUGCUGGACUUGUGGAGAAUGGCGAAAGAACACCACCAGAGUGUAAGAGAGCUCUGCAAGACUGUCAGCUACAAAUCAUGCCUUCCCAAGAUACAUCGUCAUGAUAUCCAAAAGCUCAGCCGCUUGGCACGCUACCGAAUCCGAAACACGCUUAAGUAUUUCUUGAAGAGGCUUGGCAGCUGCUCUGUGGACGAAGGCAGCCUUAAACUCAAAUACCUGAUAGAAUUGGCCAGUGUAGCACCAUCUCUGGGAAUCGAGACCUUCCAGGUAAAUCAUUCUUCCUUCCAAUCAACCACAGAGCCAACAUUAACUUUAAUCCGCGUCUCUGGAGAAGUAGGAAUUCAAACCAGUGGAAAUCCUCACCCUGAUAACGCCCUGGAGUGGCAGACCUUCUGUGAUUUCCAAGAAAUCGUUGACAUAAACAUAAAAAGGGCAUACCAUGACCAUGUGCUCCAAGACAGCAGAAUGGUUACCUUGACCUGCAAAGAUGACAGAUGUUUGGAAGCCAAGUUUCAGAGUCUUAAAGAAGCGCUGUCUUUUGUGUCACUUGUGGAUGGGUACUUCAGACUGACCACAGACUCCAGCCACUUCUUCUGUCAGGACAUUGCUCCACCGAGUCUUCUGGAAAGCAUAGAAAACCACUGCCAUGGCCCCAUCACGUCAGAGUUUGCCAUUCACAAAUUGAAAAAGUUGGGGCCAAAGGAUGGUGUGUUCCUGCUCCGACAAAGUCCUAAAGACUACAACAACUUCUUCCUCACCGUUUGUGUCCAGACCCCACUUGGAAUUGAUUAUAAAGACUGUCUCAUUAUUAAGAAUCAGCACUACAGUCUCCCUGGUGUCCCGAAAUCAUUUGUCAGCCUGAGAGAACUCACCACAUUCUAUCAACACAACAUGCUGCUUCUUGCUGAAGUUCCCGUCAAACUGGGAUGUUGCUGUCCCCCACGACCCAAAGAGCUCACAAACUUGAUUGUCAUAAGAAACAGCAGUUCAGUAGAAAGCCAUGGCUCCCCAACAACAGAAAGAAACAAAUUUAACCAUAUUCAGUUUCACAUGGUUAAAUAUGAGGAUCUUGAAUGGGAUGAAUGCCUUGGCCAGGGAUCCUUUACCAGGAUUUUCAAAGGCAGGAAGGUGGACGACCAUGAUGGCGAAAAGCACGUGACGGAGGUCUUACUGAAGGAACUUGAUGUCAAUCACAAGAACUACUGGGAGUCAUUUUUUGAAGCCGCCAGCUUGAUGAGCCAGAAUUCUUACAAGCAUCUCCUCCUGAUUUAUGGCGUGAGCAUUCACGGAGCAAAAAACAUCAUGGUGCAGGAGUUUGUUAAGUACGGGGCCCUCGACGUGUACUUGAAGAAAGAGAGAUCUGUGUCAGUGAGCUGGAAACUUGACGUAGCCAAACAACUGGCAUCUGCACUCAACUUCCUGGAGGAGAAGAAUAUCGUCCAUGGAAACAUCUGUGCCAAGAACCUGCUGUUGGCAAGAGAAGGUGACUCGUCUCAGGGAAGCUCCCCCUUCAUCAAGCUGAGCGAUCCAGGCAUCAACGUGGUUAUGCUGGGAAAAGAUGUGAUCCUGGACAGAAUUCCCUGGGUGGCCCCUGAGCUGCUGGAGGCCCCUGAGAACCUGACUCUGGAGUGUGAUAAGUGGAGCUUUGGCACCGCUGUGUGGGAGAUCUUCAACAGUGGAAAUACUCCGCUGCAGGGCUGGGACCUGGACAGGAAGCGCUGUUUUUAUGAGAGCUACCAGCAGCUGCCUCCCUCCCAGUGGACAGAGCUGGCUGAACUGAUCAGUCAGUGUAUGAGCUACCAGCCAGCUUUCCGACCCUCUGGCCGUAGCAUCAUCCGUCAGCUCAACAGUCUGAUCCUUUCAGACUAUGUCAUACUGCACGCCGCGGAGCCCCUCCAACAGAGAGAUGGAUUUUGGCGAGUUCUUGGCCCUGUCUGCCAGGACCAGACAGUCUAUGAAGAGAGAUACCUGCGCUACAUCUCCCAGCUGGGAAAGGGGAACUUUGGCAGUGUGGAGCUGUGUCGGUACGACCCGCUUGGGGACAAUACAGGUGAGCUGGUUGCUGUGAAGAAGCUGCAGCCUAACAAGCAGUCCACCCCAGAAGACUUCCAGAAAGAGAUCCAUACCCUCAGAGUCCUGCACUGUGACUACAUCGUCAAAUACAGGGGUGUCUGCUAUAGCACGGGCCGCCUCAAUGUGAGCUUGGUGAUGGAAUACCUUCCCCAUGGCAGCCUGAUCUCCUAUCUGGAAAAAAACCGGUAUAAAGUCAACACCAGACGCCUGCUGCUCUUUGCCUCUCAGAUCUGUAAGGGACUGGAGUACCUGCAAAGCAUGCGUUACGUGCACCGGGACCUUGCUGCCAGGAACAUCCUAGUGGCCAGUGACGUUCAGGUGAAAAUUGCUGAUUUCGGCCUGACCAAGAUCAUUCCUUUUGACAAGGAGUACUACCGAGUCACGCAGCCCGGGGAGAGCCCCAUCUUCUGGUAUGCUCCAGAGUCCAUCACUGCAUCGAAAUUCUCCCACAGUUCUGACGUCUGGAGUUUUGGAGUGGUUCUACAUGAGCUCUUUUCCUUCUGUGAGAUGAGGUGCAACCCUAAAAGAUUGUACCUGCAAGCCAUCGGAAAUGAAAUGCAGGGUCCAACCACCUCAAUGCAUCUUGUUAGUAUUCUAAAGGACAACUGGAGACUACCUGCCCCUCCAAACUGCCCCUCCAAGGUAUACAGUUUGAUGGAGCAAUGCUGGGCAUACAACUCUGAGGAACGGCCAUGUUUUUCCAGCCUGAGCGAUGAAAUUGAAAGCAUCACACCGGAGGAGAGGUAAAACCUGGAGGGCUAAGGCAGAGCAUCUUUGGGCCCUGGAGUUCGAGCUCGAGGAUGAGCACCACAAUACAAUACAAAAACCAUUUAUUGCCAAGGGGAGCAAUUCAGUUUUCUCUGCCAGCAACAGUGAGAGUGCUUUUUGCAACGCUGAACAACAUCCAACUUUAACACACAAACAGCAGGGACUGCAUUCCAGGCAGGCAGUGAGGUUACUCCUAAAGAUUUAGACUGCCUGAAUUUUAAUCUUGAUUUAUUUUAAAAUGUUUACCCCUUUUUUCUCCCCAAUUGCAUUUUGGCCAAUUACCCUGCUCUUCCGAGCUGUCCUGGUCGCUGCUCCACCCCCUCUGCCGAUCCAGGGAAGGCUGCAGACGACCACAUGCCUCCUCUGAUACAUGUGGAGUCGCCAGCCGCUUCUUUUCAUCUGACAGUGAGGAGUUUCAUCAGGGGGACGUAGCGUGUGGGAGGAUCACACUAUUUCCCCCAGUUCCCCCUAGUGCAGCGACCAGGACACAUACCCACAUCCAGCUUCCCACCCGCAGACAUGAUAAAUUGUGUCUGUAGGGACACCCGACCAAGCCACAGGCAACACGGGGAUUUGAACCGACGAUCCCCGUGUUGGUAGGCAACAGAAUAUACUGCUAAUCUAAUCGGACCCCCUAAUCUUGCUUUAUUUGAUCGAAAGUAAUUCACAUGGUUCUAUUUCAGAUGACAGAUAAUAAUCUACACAAAUGAGCACAAGUUAUAGUACAAGCUUGUCCAUAGAUAGUCAUGUCUGACAUCCAUGAACAGGACGGGAAGUUUCAGUGAAAGUUUAUGGCUGACUCACAUUUUCACACAGGUCAAUAACAAAUAAAUGAUUGCAUCCUGUGAGCGAAGUGUUUUAGGACUCAUUUAUAUAUGUCGUAGCAGGAUGGAUGACUGUAAAGGCUUGCUUUUAUAUCCACAACUGUCAGUGAAGUGUCCUUUGGAGCCACCACAGAGGACGAGCUGAACAGCAUAACAUAUUGGUGGCAGAUGUCAAUGAGAGCAACAUGAAAUGAAAUCAUUUUGAUAUUGUGAUUCCAAAGCUACUAUCUUUAUGAUGUUACAUUUUUUAUAUAAUUUUCUUUCACAAUCAAUAAAUCCACCUGAGUAGUAGUUAAUUAUUUUGAUAAUCUGCUUUUUUUUCAAGACUGAUUUUUGAAGAAAAAAAAUUC